UCUACGACAUGGCUCCGCAACAUCAUAACGUUGACUGUGGAGAUAAGCUGAACUAUGAAAUAAUCGUCAUAAAAGAAUAUUGCUGGUUGAAUGAGGGCUUCUGGAUAUCUUACAACGGUCCAGUACUUGCCAUUCUUUUGAUCAAUUCGAUUCUCUACAUUGUGUUUCUUCGUAUCGCCUUUGGAAAAAUUGCGUCAAGAUUUGGAAACCAUGCCAUUCAAAAAGCAAGAAAAAGAUUCAAAAGUGUUGCCGCCCUUCUGCCUGUCCUUGGUAUUGCAUGGUUGCUUGGGUUUGUUGCCAGUACUCAUUGGAUUGUUCUCUAUAUAUCAAUUAUUGUCAACUCAUCACAGGGCAUCUUCUUGAGUGUGUUUCAUUGUCUUAUGGAUGACAAGGUACAAAGCAUUAUUGAACCGUUUYCGGAUGAACAUUAG